AUGGAAAUAAAGAAUCGUAAUACGCAAUCGAACAUACCGAAUCUAAGGGAUCACUGGAGGAAAGACUGUCAGCACAAACGUGUCAUGACAUUUGUACCGAAAUGGCAGACUUGCGCUGCAAAUAAUUACUAUACGAUAAAUAGAAUUCUGUUAACAUCUGUUGGUUUAUGGCCAUAUCAAAAUUCUAACCUCAGAUAUAUUAUAAUAGUAUUUAUGAUUAUAAUACUUUCAUCGAGCGUAAUAGCUCAGUUUACGACUUUCAUCACAACAGAGUAUAACUGGGAUCUUCUUCUACAAAUUCUCGCAUACAGCAUCCCGUGGUUAGGUUAUACGUUAAAAUAUAGCGUUCUUUGCUUUAAUAUAAAAAAGACGGAAGGUCUCAUGGAGCAACUGCAACGUGAUUGGAAUGCAUUAAAUACUGUUCAGGAAAUCAAAAUAAUAAAAAAAUACUGGGCUAUCGGAAGAUUUAUUACAUUGGCUACGACAUUGUUUAUGUAUCUAUGUAUAUUCAGCUUUGUUAUGAUGCAGUUUUUAUCAAAUUUUCUUCUGGAUAUCAUAAUGACUAGAAAUCAAUCUCAUUCACGACGGUUACCCGUCAAACUCGAAUAUUUUGUAGAUCAGGAAAAAUAUUUUAUCCUGCUUUUAUUUCACGUAUUCUUGAUUGUUUUUUGUGGUUUAACUACAGUGAUAGCCACCGAGACACUUUAUAUGUCGUAUACGCAACAUGCGUGUGGAUUGUUUCAAAUAGCCAGUUGCCGCAUAGAACAAGCACUGCAUAAGAACAUGCUACAAAGUGUUACAUCCUCUGCUGAAAAAAAUUUAAUCGUACAUGAAGGGAUAAUUAGUGCGGUCGAUAUGUACAGAAGGGCGAAUAAGUUUGUAGAAAUGUCGAAGGCAAAUUUCUAUUGGGCAUAUAUAUUACUGCUACCGUUAGGAGUGCUGUCGCUAAGUGUUAAUCUUUAUCGUUUUUCUCAGCUGAUAGUGAGCGAGGAAUAUUACGAUCUGAUUGUUAGCAUUCUACUCAUCAUUGGCCAUUUUGGGUAUAUGUUCUUCUGCAAUUAUUUAGGACAAGAAGUGAUCAAUCACAGCAGCGAUGUCUUUCACAGAACAUACAACGUACAAUGGUAUCUAGCUCCGUUGAGAGCACAGAAAUUACUGCUGCUUAUGAUGCAAAGGAGCAUGCGACAUUGCACGAUCGUUGUUGGUGGCUUGUUCAUCCCGUCAUUUGAAGGAUUCGCGACGCUUACGAGCAUGGCAAUUUCAUAUUUUACGGUGAUCUUUUCUACCUGUUGAUCCGUUAUCCUUUCCAUGAAAUAACAGUAAUCAUUAAAUCUAAACACUUAGAAGUUCACAAUGCAAGUAGUUCUGAUAUACUUAUUGCAAGUAUAAAUAUAGUAAUAUAAGAGCAAUUGAUCUAAUCUAAAUUCUUUUCCUUGUUAAAAUGUAAAAUUAAU